UUGGAAAAUUAAAAUCCCUUGUGCAGUCGUUAGUCUGCUGCAGAGCUCACGCGUGUCUCCGUUGCAGGCCCUGCUUCUGCUUCGAGUGGGCCGGGGCCGGGACGCGGACGCCGUGGAUGCGGGCGACUGUCUUCUGCUUCGGCGCGCGACGACUCCGACACGCUUUUAGGGACCACUCGGUCACCUCCUCUCACGCCUCUCUGUUGCAGGCCCUGCUUGUGCUUCCACUCGUCCGGUGCGCGGGGCCGUGUACGCGGGCGGCCGUCUGCUCCUCGGCGACACACUCGACCAGCCCCUCACGCGCGUCUGUGUUGCAGGCCCAGCCCCCGCCGCCGGGUCCUCUCCUCCCCGAGCUGAGCAGCUUCCUCCUAGUCUUGCACGUGCAUGUCGUUUCGUUGGUAGGAGGUCCCUCGGUGCAGGCGAGUCUGACGCGGUCCUCUUCCUGCCCGGCAGGUGCUUGGGCCGGGACCCUGGCGGAGCGCGCGGUGCCCUACUGGAAGGUGGAGGUCGAGGAGCCGGAGGAGCCGAGCGUUGUCGACCAGGGCGACGAUCCUCUUGGACGAGAGGCUGCCGACUGGGGGCGGGACCCGGAGGUCCAGGUCGAGCACGGCGAUGACCUCGCCGCCGACGCCCAGGGCGAUCGGCUGGGGCUCGUGGUCACCGGGAGCUCCUCGCUCCGCGACCACCGCAAGCGCGACGCCGAGGACGCCGUCAUGGAGGGCGACGCCGUGCUCCCGGAACACUCUGUGCGCGCCGAGCUGGCGUCGAGUGACGACGACAGUGACGGACAUGGUGACGGGGGUCGCAGCGGGGAGCGUGACGAAGGUCCCAGCACCAGUGGCAGUCACCUGCGAGUGCACGGCAUGGCGUGGAGGUGGAAGUGUAAAUUCUGUAGCAAAACGUUCACCGGCAAGUAUAAACUGGAGGAGCACGUGCGUGUUCACACCGGCGAGAGGCCUUUCAAAUGCGAGUUCUGCGAACAGUCCUUUAUUCAAAGGAGUCACCUUGUUGUUCACACGAGGACGCACACUGGGGAGAAGCCCUUUGAGUGUGACAUCUGCAAGCGACGCUUUGCUAUCAAAAAAACACUCAGUAUUCACAUGAAGACUCACCGUUGAGAAGCUACACAAUUGUUUUUAUAGUGUGUUACUAUUGGUGUGUGAAACGUUUUGCCUUUUUGUCUAAUCGCAAUAUAAAUAUAUCCGAACCCAGCACAGUUAAAAUCAAAUGGCGGGUUCAUUUACAAAUAUGUUAGUUUGCGGCCAUGCCAAGGCACUUUUACUACUGACAAUUCGUAAAGUCUAAUAUGUCUGCAAAUAUUGCUGAGUAUUUGUCUUUUGUAUUCUUCUUAUCUAUAUCUAAUUAGUAUUUUUUGUAAUUUGCAAAUUCUGUACUCUAGUGGACAGGUACAGUAGAUAUUGAAAGCUUUGUCUAUUACUUGUUACAUGUAAGUGCCGAAAGACAUUCUUCCUUUGGCUUUGCAGCAAAGUUGUGAAACUAUUUCCUUACCAGGAUAUUUUGCUGGAUUAGGACAAGUUACUCUUUCCCAUUUUAAGGAAUAUGUAAGCUUCUUGGAAUCCUUAACCCAAAGUACCGUUAUUAUUUAUUAAUUUAUUUUCUAUUUCGUCAUGUUAUUAACUGACCUGUAGUAAUAAUGUCGCGCACAAGACGCCACAACAACAAAUACUCUUUGUAUUGCUGUGGACGAGUGCAGUAGAUGUACCAUCAAUUGACAGUGUUGUUUAUACACUCUCAUUUCCCUAUGGAUGUGCUAUCCGUAUGUUAUGGAGAAUUUUGUGCUAACAUAUUAUGGAUCACAAAUUAUCCAUAAUAUGGAUAAAAUUGUCCGUAUUACAGACAAUUUGAUCCAUAUUACAGACAUGCCCUCCUCCGUAAGGUAUAGACCUUUCGUCCAUACCCUACGGAUGAAGGUAUGUCUGUAAUAUGGAUCAAAUUGUCUGUAAUACGGACAAUUUUAUCCAUAUUAUGGAUAAUUUGUGAUCCAUAAUAUGUUAGCACAAAAUUCACCGUAAGCGUCUCCAUAAGGAAAUGAGAGUAUAGAAAGUCAGAUUUUCAUUUGGUUUUAUAACAUUAUUGUGCUGUUUUUUCGAUGAUUAUAUUGAUAAAAGUCUUAUUAAAGUGCAAUAAAACACCCCAA